AUGACUACAAAGCAAAAAGCAAAUAAUGUGCCUCGUAGCAUAUGGCCAAUCAAUAAACUUGUUGUAGUACCAGCCAUGUGGAAAGAAAUCAAUUGGACUAAUCCAUUGAGUUGGCCACUUUGGCUUCGUACAGGACUCAAUAUGACUAAAAACAAUUCAGUACCAUAUCAUGUUCAUCUCUAUCAGCGUAUGGAUCCUCAAUCUAGACCUCCGUAUAACUGGCCUUAUUGUCGAAAUGUUCACGAAGAAGCUGGUGUUUAUUUACAAUUUAUUUACGAUUACUAUUAUGAUUUACCAGAGAAAAUUCUAUUUCUUCAUGGAAAUCCAUUUGCUCAUUCCACACAUCCAAUUGAAACAGCUUUAUGUGUACGUGACGAUGUUCAUUAUGUUAAUAUUAAUUCAUAUUGGAUACAAAAUCGACCCUGGUCAAUAUGGAGCCAAGAUGCCAAUGAAAAUGGAACAUUAAUGUAUCCAUGUGCAAGUCGAAUAUUAAAACUAUUAGGUUACAAUCCUGAACUUCAAUUAAAUCCUUAUAGAAUUAAUCCAAAAGAUAAUAGUUUCAUUUCAACAUAUUGUUGUGCUCAAUUUUACGUAACAAAACAACGUAUUCAUCACUAUACAUAUGAACAAUGGUUAAAAUUGUAUAAUGCUAGUCAUGAACCAUAUUGUACUACAGAACGUGAUCGUGAAAAACCUGGUGAACCUGGUCUGAAAUGGUUUGGAGGAAGUUUUGAACAUCUUUGGCAUGUUAUACUUGGCCUUUAUUCGACUAAUAUGCAAGUUCCGAUUAGUGGUACAAAUACAGAUCGAUGCCAUCUAUUUCGUUCAUCAUGUCUAGAAUCACCAUGUUAA